AUGACCAGGCAACUGACUACAAGAACUGGCAUUUUGAAACAUUCGGAUGAACCAAGAAAUGAACAGGACUGUUCUGAGAAAUCAGCAGCUUCAAAUGGGGUUUCACAUGAAUUGCGCGUGAAUGGAAAAGCCUACACAAAUGGGUACAACUGGAAAACGAGAGAACGAUCACCGAAUGAAUUCGAAAAGGUCUCCCGUUUGAGAGCGCUCACUGUCUUCAUCAGCUGGUUUACCCUGAUCGUGUUCGCGUAUCUGAGACGCUCUCUCCGUCAAUGGGGCUUCGAGAAGAAUCAUUUGGAAGUUGAGUUGGAAAAGCAAAAAGAUUUCGUUCCACUGUUCAGCAAUUUCGACUCUCUAUAUCAACGAGACAUGUACGUGAGAGUACGUGACGCAUUCGAGAGGCCGAUUGCGAGCACUCCUGGUGCAACGGUAAAUCUUCUCGAUCGAUACACCGAUGACGGUUAUUGGAGUUUCAAGUACACUGGUACUCAAACCGAAGUUAUCAAUCUUGGCUCAUACAAUUAUCUCGGCUUUGCUCAAAACGAAGGGCCUUGUGCCGAUGCUGCGGCGGCAAAAAUUGACCAUGAAGGAGUCGCCGUUUGUUGUUCGAUUCACGAAAAUGGCCGUUCUGCUUCAUUGGUUCGUCUAGAGGCGCUUGUAGCGAGAUUUGUUGGUGUCGACGAUGCGAUUUGCUUUUCAAUGGGAUUUGCCACAAAUUCAAUGAAUGCUCCAGCUCUCGUUGACAAGCAUUCAGUCAUUGUAUCUGAUGAACGUAAUCACGCUUCAUUGAUUCUCGGAUCUCGUCUAUCUGGUGCAACAAUAAAAGUCUUCAAGCAUAAUGACAUGAAAUCUUUGGAAAAGACUCUCAGGGACGUUAUUGCUUAUGGUAAUCCGAAAACCGACAAACCUUAUACAAAGAUCUUAAUCAUCGUUGAAGGAAUCUAUUCAAUGGAAGGUUCAAUAGCAAAUCUUCCCGAAAUCAUCAGAUUGAAGAAGAAAUAUGGCGCUUAUCUGUAUCUCGAUGAAGCACAUUCAAUCGGUGCAAUGGGCCGCUCGGGUCGUGGAAUAGUAGAAUAUUGGGGUUGCAAUCCGAAAGAUGUUGACAUUUUGAUGGGAACUUUUUCGAAAAGCUUUGGUGCAGUUGGUGGAUACAUUGCUGGUUCAAAGAAGAUCAUCGAUCAUUUACGCGUCUCCUCCCCAACCGGUUGCUAUUCAACUCCAAUCUCACCUGCACUUGUUGAACAAAUCUACACAUCAAUGUCGAUCAUUAUGGGACUUGAUGGGACAAAAGAUGGAGAGUCUCGAAUUGAGCGUCUCGCGAGGAAUUCCCGAUAUUUCCGGCUUCGUCUUAAACAACUCGGUUACAUCGUUUAUGGAUCAGAUGACAGUCCCGUUGUGCCCGUAAUUCUUUAUGCACCAACAGUUUGCGGUUAUUAUGGCCGAGAAAUGUUGGUACGUGGUGUUGGAACGGUGGUUGUCUCUCAUCCAGCAACCGAUAUGACAGAAGGACGGAUUCGGUUUUGCGUUUCAAACGCUCACACAAAAGAGCAACUUGAUGUGGUAUUGAGAGCAAUGGAAGAAUUGGGUGAGAAAACUGGCACCUCGUCACUCUCGAAAUGCAAGAAACUCUAUAAAGGUACGAAAAUCGAGUGG